AUGGGAAAGCAACGUGCCGAACACGACGGUAGCAAAUGUCCCAUUCUCGGUCAGGCACUUCCAGAUGACGACCUUUGCUACGAGAAUGCCAUCAUCAUGCGGCGAUUCUUGCGAUAUCCGUUAAUCAUCGACCCCUCGGGUCAAGCGAUUACUUUUCUGAGCAACGAGUUCAAAGACAAGAAGCUCCUGAAGACAUCCUUUGUGGAGAACAGCUUUAUGAAGAGCCUGGAGACCGCGCUUCGCUUCGGAGCCCCGCUCAUUGUGAUGGAUGUGGACAAGGUGGAUCCUAUCCUCAACAAUGUGCUCAACCGGGAGACCCACAAAAGCGGGCCGCGGGUGCUGAUCACUCUCGGCGAUCAGGACAUCGAUUUCAGCCCCGCCUUUGAGAUGUACAUGUGCACCCGCGACUCCACAGCACAAUUCACGCCUGACCUUUGCAGCCGAGUGACCUUCGUGAACUUUACUGUGACACCGUCGUCGCUGCAGAGCCAGUGCAUGAACGCACUGCUGAAGUCCGAGCGGCCGGAUGUUGACCGAAAGCGAGAGGACCAACUGAAGCUCCAGGGGGAGUGCAAGGUGAAGAUGCGCGAGCUGGAGGAGCACCUUCUCCAUGCCUUGUCGAACGUCGAAGGCUCCAUCUUGGAGGACGAGAAAGUCAUCGCGACCCUCGAGAAGAUCAAGAAGGAGUCAUCAGAGAUCCAGGAGAAGCUGGGCCAAACGGAUGCGAUCAUGCAGGAGAUCAACGAGACGAGCGCACUGUACGACACCGCCGGGGAAGUUGCGGCCAACCUCUACUUCAUGCUUCAGCGCAUGGGGAGCAUGCACACAUUAUACCGCUACAGCCUGGCCUUCUUCUUGGAGGUCUUCGAGGCAUCGAUCAAGACGGAGCUCAGCAAGGACCUGGGCUACGAGAAGCGCCUCGAGGCCAUUCUCGUGAAGCUUUUCAGCAACCUCUUCCUUCGAGUAGCCCCGGGCCUCCAGGAAGCAGACGUCCUGGUCUUCGGCCUGCAGCUUGCACAGGUGAGGGCAGACAGCCUGGGAGCUCUUGCGUUUUCGAAGCCGGAGCUGGACCAGCUGCUGAAAGGAGCCGCCGUGGACGUGCUGAAGUCUGCUUCCGCACCCCUGGCCGAGCAGUGCCGAGAGGUGCUGAAGCCCAAGCUGAACAACCAACAGCUCAAGGGCUUGCAGGAUCUCCAUCUGCUGCCGUGCUUCAGUGGCUUGGCGGGGAACAUUCAGGCCAAAGAGACCGAGUGGCUGAAGUUUCUGGAGCACCUGGAGCCGGAAACCGUCAUGCCCGGCGGAUGGGAGAAGUCUCAAGAGGACUCCGAGACCAGCCGCCUCCUGCAAAAGACCUUGAUCAUCAAGGCCUUGCGCCCGGACCGGCUGAUCUUCGUGUGCACCCAGUUGGUGGAAGUGGUGCUUGGGAAGGGUUUUUUGGACCUGCCGGCCUUCAACUUGGCAGAGAUCAUUGCCAAGGACAGCAAGGCCUCGUCGCCGAUCAUGAUGGUUUCAGUGCCCGGCUUCGACCCCAGCGGGAAGGUGACGGAAGUGGCGCAGGCACAGAAGAAGUCUUUGCAGUCCGCUGCAAUGGGGUCCGAAGAGGGGUUCAAUGUGGCAGACAAAGCCAUCAAAGCAGCAUCGAAUGCAGGCAGCUGGGUGCUGCUGAAGAACGUUCACUUGGCAAUCAAGUGGCUUUCGGAGCUUGAGAAGAAGCUUUACGGCAUGAACCCGCAACAGAACUUCCGGCUCUUCCUUACCAUGGAGUUCAACCCCAGGAUACCAGCCAAUUUGAUCCGCCUCUCCCGUGUGUACGUCUUCGAGCCACCUUCCGGUGUCAGGGCCUCGCUCCGGCGCUCCUUUGCGCAGGUCCUGGCGCCGGAGCGCACUGAUCGGCAACCGGUGGAGCGCUGCAGGCUUCACUUUCUGCUGGCCUUCUUGCACGCGGUCGUGCUAGAGCGGCUGCGGUUUUUUCCAGUAGGCUGGAGCAAGAAAUACGAAUUCAGCGACGCAGAUCAGACGUGCGGCCGCGACAUCAUCGAUGCCUGGGUUGACAGUGUUUCGAACCAGGGGCAGCUGUCCAACAUCAGCCCGGACAAGAUCCCUUGGGAUGCCAUCCGAUCCAUCCUGAGCGAGUCCAUUUACGGCGGCCGAGUGGACAACGAGUUUGACCACGCUGUCCUCAAGGCCUUCAUCCAUCACCUCUUCCGGGCAGAGUCCUUCGAUGCUGAUUUCUCUUUGAACAUGGAGUCUGCAAAGGACCAGUGCCUGCGAUCCCCGGAUGGCCGGAAGCGAGAUCAGUUCCUGGAGUGGAUCGACAAUUUGCCGGCAAAGGGGAGCCCGACAUGGGUUGGCUUACCCGUGCAUGCAGAGCAGAUGCUGCGCAUCAACAGGGCGAAUCACACCCUUGCGCGUUGGCUGCUCCUGCAAGGGAACACCGGGGCGUUGAAAGGUGAGAAGAAGGCCGAGGGCCAAAAGCGGAGAGCUUCUGCUCUGAUCAACCCAUUGGCAGACUUGGGAUCGAAGGUGAGACAAAUGAUCGCAAACCUGCCCGAGUCCUUGGAAGAGAUGCAGCGCAGUGCGGCGUCGCUCCAAGACCCGCUCUGGCGCUGCUACGACCGAGAGGUGGGUUUUGGGAGGUCCCUUUUGAAGAAGGUUCGACAAGACCUGUCCUUGCUGUCUGCUGCCUGCGACGGAAGUGCAAAGAGCACCAACGACGUCCGGCAGCUAAUUCAGGACUUGACGACAGACCAGGUGCCAAAGUCAUGGCGUCAGUUCGCGAUGGCAGAGGUCACUGCCACGGAGUACUUGGCAGACCUCGUGAAGCGCCUGGAGCAGCUGCGCAGCGUCGUGCAAAGCAGCUCGCUGCAGCAGGUGCAGCUGUGGUACGGGGGCCUCUUCUUCCCGGAAGCCUUCCUGACAGCCUCCCGCCAGGCGGUUGCGCAGCAAAAGCAGGUGUCCUUGGAGGAGCUCAACCUCUUGGUGCAGAUAGGUGGCUCGCCUCUCUCUGGAGAUGAUGUUUUCCACAUGACGGGGCUCCAAAUGGAGGGUGCGGCCUGGGGAGAUGGGCAGCUCUCCGUGACCGACGAGCUUUCCGUUGCUUUGCCCGACACGUGGCUCCGCUGGGUCCACGUCGACUCGGCAGAGUUCAAGCAGACAUCUGACCACUUGCGAGUUCCGGUGUACUUAAACACCAGCCGAAGCAACCUUAUCAGCGCCUUCACCGUGAAGUCGCCCAAGGAUGUGCCGAACGCAGUGUGGGUGCAGCGCAGUGUGGCCAUCACCAUCUGGACAAAGCAGUGA